AUGUUCAGUUUUGAGAAGGAAUGGACUGUCAUGACUAUCUGCUUUAAGCUCACUGAAUUUCAAACAACAGGUAAUUCAAAGGCCUUUAAUCCCGCUCUUCUGAUAUUUCUUGCAUCUCAGAAAAGACCUGAGGGAUCUAAUGAACCAACACUUAAUGUCACUGCUGCUUGGAAAUCAGGCUAUACAGGGAAAGGAAUUGUGGUGGGAGUUGUUGAUGAUGGAGUCGAUGGCAGUCAUCCUGAACUAAAAGACAACUAUGUAACUAUUUUUUUCUUAUUUUCAGUCUUUUUUUUUUCUUUUCAAUUUGAAAAUAUUAAUCGGACCUUUUUAGUUAAAUGAUACUAAAAAUGAUGAUUUUGCUUUAAAUAGAAAGGGACUUAACCUUUUCAUCUUGAUCUUUGUUUGUUUACUUUGCAUGUUAUUUCUUUAGAGAUGGGAUUUGAGUUACGAUUAUAUGGCUGGCAAACAGAUGCCAUUUGGAACACCAGUAUCAGGGUAAGCUGAUUAUCCCUUUUCAGUCUAACGUCAGUAUGCAUAUUCUCCAUACUGUUCUCUAUACAUUUCAUGAAAUACUAAGAAGGAGAAUUUGUUUAAAAAUCAAGUGCUUUAUAAGUUGGUGAUCAUUUUCUUGAUUCUCGUGACCUUGACGUUUUGAUUUAGGGGUGGUAUAGUAAGGAGAAGUUGAAAGCUGGUCAAGGAAAAGAAGGGUAGGGGGAGGGGGAGGGGGAGGGGGAAAAUAAUUUUCAGGAUUGAAGGCAGUUACGAAAAGUGCGAAAUUUACGAAAAUUAGCCGGACCAUCGACGAAGUCUAUGAAGUUUACGAAGUCAGUUCAAGGGUUACAACGAAAGUCCCACCAAAAUUUUAGGCCUCACGGAACAGCGUAUGCACGUGAGUUAAGGAAAAUUUCAGACAUGCGCAGAAUAGGCUCUCUCUUGUGUUUACUUAUCUCCUAAACGCUCUUAAAACUUUACCGUUGAAUAUCUUGUCAAAACACGAAGUCUUUGGUAGUUUAACACAUAAACCGGGAAGACUGCGACGAAGUUGAAGAUUCUACCGUUUUAUUUUUUUUCCUUUUCAUCGACUAAGUGGUAGAAAUUCUAAUUUUUCGUAUGGUUUUGCCGUUCAUCGCGCGUGGUGUUUAUUAUUUGGAAUUUCGAAACGGACAAGUUUAGGAGUGGGCAUCGGGUUUUUAAGGCAAACUAUGUUCUGGAGUCCAUCGUUGUUCGUUUGAAAGUUAUUCACAUUUUUUGGACGCGCGCUCAAGAUACCAUGGAGGAGUGAAAUAUAUCGACUGAUGUAAUGUACUCAGAGCAGCUCGAAAGUACAGCAAGCACACAAUGCACGAGGUAAGAAUAUAAAUUAAGUUAUCUUGACCCCUAUCUUGGGGUGUGUUGGUGAUAAAGGGUCAUUUAGCCUACUUUCAAUAUCGCCCACUCGAGAUCGAGAGUGAACUCCGGUUUAAUCGUCAACAGGAACCAAGUACAAUUUAUCAAUCACUUCUCGGGUGCUCGUUGGUACUUACUACGGAUUACGGAGAUGAUGUUUGACUGGUAUCGAUUGUCAAAUUAAUGCUCAUUUCUUUUGGGCACUUUGAAUGUAGAGGAUUGACCAAUACACUGAUUGUUUUUCGACCACACUGCAUAUUUAAUAAUUAGUAUAGGUCCAGGUAAAGUUUGGUUGUUGAACUGGCAUUACUUAUCUUUUACACAGAAUAAGGAAAGACAGGAUAAUAAACUUAGCACAUUUUUAACAGAUCCAGUGUUCCACUCUAAUUUAUUACUGUUAAUCGUUGUACACCAACUAUGAGUAACAUAACAUUGGCUGCAUCACUUUGAUUUGCCCUUCCUGUGCAAAAUGUUAUGCUUAUUGUACAAGAACACUAUACAUAAGUCAUGUUCUUAUCACAUUAAAAGUUACAUACUGCUAGUGAUAUGUUAAGUUAUACAUGUGUGCAACAGUAUAAAGAUAUAAUCUACAUGUAGUUAAAUAUCACAUUUAUUAUGUUCUUAAACUGCUGAAAUUUAGUGACAGCAAUUCAGUGUUUGUUCAAUAUUCUACAAAGCUACAGUCAUACAUAACAAUUUAAAAUCAGAUACAUUACAGCUUUGUAUACCUACUGUUCAUUUUGAAUGUAAUAUUCAAUUCAUUUAAUUCAAGAUCCAAUACAACAUGAUUGUACAUGCAUGUCUCAUCUUCGGCACCAUGCACUUCACUUUUACCCUGUAAAACCAGUUGCAAUAUUGUAAACCAAAAAGCUAACAUGUUACUUGUACAUAUACUAAGAUAUUAAGCUAUGUUCUCUUUACUAACAUGGCAUAUACAACGUGCUUUUACCAGGUUAAUUCUAACAUGUUGUGUUGAAACAUUAAUCAAUUAUUAAAUGCAUCUCUGUGUGUAAAAAUGCAUACAUGCUGAGAUAUAUUUAUUUCAUGCAGUGUGGUUGGUGAAAUAAAUUCUUAUAUGUACAAAUCUAAAACAUUUAAAAAUUACUGAGCCAUCCCUCAUGACUACUCUAUUCUUCAUGUGCAGGCAAUGGCGUAACAUGUUCAGAGAUGUGGGAUGUGGAAAGAUGAGUAGUUGGAGGCUGAAAGACAUUUGGAAGAUUUUGUAGACACAACUGGCAUUCUCUUGGUAGAUCAUAAAUUGGUAGCUCCUCCCCAUAGUUCCACACCUUUAGUGCCGCUAGCUGCAUGAGUCUUGGAACUUGUCCAUCAGGUGUACAGGUAACUCUCUCAAUUACUGUUGGGUUGAAUGACCUCUGUCCCUCCAGUGCAGAUGUUCCCUUGGCAGAAGCCUUCCAUUGAAGUUUAAGUUUGCGACCAUCUGCUUUUAGUGACUGAAUUGUUUCUGGUAAGUUAUUGUUUACUUUCUUCUCUACCCAAGCUCUAGGGUAAACAUCCUUUGCAGUAAGUGGCCCAUGUGUGCAGUUUUCUCUAAUCUUGUUUAAGUUCUUUCUUGCCUCUUGCAAAACGUCUGUGGUGAGCAUUUGGGUAUAAUCUUUCAUUCUUUCUUCGUGAACUUCACAUGCUGCUUCUGUGGUCCUGGUGUUGGUUUUUCCACUAUGCAGAAUAUUUUCAACAAAUGUGAUUGAGGCCUGUUUUGAUAACUCUGACAUGUUAUCAUUAAGAUACAGUUGAGAAAGGUUGAACUGUCUUUCAGCAAGAACAUUGUUAACUGGAAGACUGAAAAUGUGCUUGGCAUAGAACUCAAACAGGUUUGGAGUGGCUUCUUUACUUAUGAGUGAGCUGUGUGGUGAUGAAGCAAUUUCUUUGAUCUCACUGAGCAAUUGUGGUUCCAUCAAUUUCCAAAGAGUGGCCCAUUUAAUCAAUCCAACUCUAUCCUUAGACACCAAUGUUAGAAUGUUCUGUCCAUGUACAUGAAAGAGAUUGUUCACUGACUUUUCUUGUUGAUUCUCAGAUCUGACUGGAAUUUCAAGAAGCUUUAAAACUGAAUGCCAGAAAGGACUUUGGUAUCUCUGAUCAGCUCCCAUUCCAAACAACUUGGGAAAAGUUAACCACUCUGCUCCAUAAUCUUUGAUUACUUUAAUUGCUUCUUGUAACAUUGGCCUCUGCACUUGUUUGUGAAAGUGGUUGAUAGCUGCUGGGUCCUUCAAUGACAUCUUCACCUGUUGUGAUGUUAAAGGAAAAUAUUCUGAAGGAGACAUCAACAUUUUACUUAAAGUUUCAUGGUGCUUCAGAACAGUUGCUGGCCAUAACCUUGCUAGGUAACCACUGGAGAAUCCAAGUUCUGCAUCACUAGCUUGGGAUGUAUUCAGAGAUGGGAUGAUAAACUUAUCGAGGAAUUCAAACAAAAACUUGAUUUCAACUUGAAUCAUUGGACUGGAGCUCAGCUUAAUGACAUCUUGCCAAAUAGUCUGGUGGCUAUCUGAUUUUGGCAAUCUUUCAAGGAGACACUCAGCGAGCUGUAAACAAGCUUUUCCAUACUUAAGAUACCACUGGAGAGUUUCAUGAUAAUAUGUCCACCUUGUGUCUAUGAAUGUACCGCCGAAAAUUCAGAAUGGGAAUGAAAAUCAUUCAUCGUAGUUCGUGGCUCAGGCAAUUCUUAGACAUUUGCAAGUCCUUGCAUUUCCAUUCCCUGAAAUAAUAUCACUUACCUAUACUGCGUCGUAAGGUUUUGACUGUUCCUUUUAGAUUUGCGUUUUCAGACCUCAAACUCUUGCAUUCUCUCUUGAGUCGAUCGAUUUUUUCUUCAGCUAAAAAGUUGCAAACUUGCACCGCAACGCUUUUUUUUUCAACUUUUUCAAAAUAAUCUUCAUGUUUUCUCUGCUUCUUUUUGGCUGGUGGCUGAUUUUUACUAGAAAACUGGCUGCCGUGAGGUCUUUUACGAGCCAUCAGGAGUUCUCGUCAGCGAGUCGGCCGGCAAUUAAUUAACACAAAUCUGCAACUUUGAUGUAAACAACCCUCAGCACGAGCCCGCGUUCCUUUUAUCAGGCAGUGGUACAAAGUAAUGUAAUCUACGCAUGUCUGAGAUUUCAGGGGGUUACGGUUUCCAUGGGUGGGGUAUCUUUCCGUGAGGCCUAAAUUUACGAAAAUUAUAUACGAUGAGAGGUCACUUCCGAUUUCUCACGGGCGCGAGAACGAGGCUAAGUGCGCUCUCCAAGGUAUGUAGAAUAAAGAGCCGUGGGGAUAGAAAUUAGCGAAAACUUCUCGAAUUCAAUGUGGGAAAGUAAAGAAUUAUUUUUUGGAGAGAGGCAUUCAGCUGAGUGAUGGUGGCAAAGGAAUGGAAAAAGCAGUAUUGUUCGAUUUUAUGCAAGAAAGCUACUGCAAUUAAGUAGAUCAGAUUUUGAACGCUUGGACGUACAACUUCUGUAACUUUCCAGAGCUCUCGUUUAGCCUCCGCAUAUGGCCUUGCCUCAGUUGCUUUGAUAUCUUCAUUUAACCGUUAUUUUAUUUCUUUCUAAUUCACAAAUUAACUUAAGAGAUUUUGUGAAGUCAAGAAUACCAAUUUGACAUAUAUCCUCCUAUUUCACAAAAAGCGUUUUUAAAGACCAUGAAAUCUGCUAAAAUUAUCUGAGGUUUUAUGUUAUCUGGCGAAGCCAAAGGCUGUUGCACAAAUCGUACAACGAAUGUUUUCUGGUGGUAUGAUAAAUAUAUGAUAACAGUGAGAAUUAGCUGCAUACUUGAAGCCAAAAUUAACUGAAAUUAUUUGUAUCUGGUCUUGAAAUAUUCACCCUUUUUUCUGUAAUUUCCAGGGAAGAUCGUUUCCUUUCUUGUAUAGGUGUAUGCUUGAAGCCAAUUACAAAGACCUGAGACAGUGAAACCAUUCUAUGAUUAUCUCGAUUUGUUUACAGACAUGGUAACAAAUGUGCAGGUGUCAUAGCUGGAAAACGCAAUAAUAAUUUAUGUGGUGUGGGAAUGGCUUAUGAAGCUAACAUUGCAGGUAAUAACUAGUAUUUAGAGAAUAGUCUAACCGUUUGACUUUAAUGUAUUGGUCACCCUUUGUAACCAAUACAUUCAAAGGAGUUAGAUGAUACAAUUGACAGACUCAGGAGAAAAGAAUGUGAAAACAGGACUCGUGCUAAUCUCAGUAGUUCGUUCCCGGACUAUGAAGUUACCCUCUCCUUUAAAUCCUUGGGGAUCAGUUGCAUGCUUGAUUUCCAAAUACAUGUGUCAGAUAUAACAUAAAUACCUUUCAUUACGUAAAUGUCCUUUGCAAUCGAGGGAGCAAAGCGAACUCCUCCAACUUGUCCAUAUAAACAAAUUGCACAUCAGGGAAAAUGAAAAGACCACCCCAAAGUACCAUCCUAGCUCAUCUUUAGUUUGAUUUUAAACGAAGAUUUUUUUCGUAUUGGACGUAGGGUUUGGAAAUUUGGAAAAAAUAGUUUGGGAAAUGUCACCGGAUAUUCCCCAGGUUAAGCUCAGGUAGAAGGUAAAUUUGUAGACAAAAUUCUACACUCUUGAUGUUUUACUACCCGCAGAAAUAGAUAGAAUUGAAUCAAAGGGUGCAAGUAACUCGGUAAACGUUUUCUAUGCUUCUGUAUUUGUAUAAUGCUCCUCUCGUGAGGAAGACACCUAAAUUUAAACCCGUAUUCUCUUGUGUCAGGCAUUCGCAUUUUUGAUGGUAAGAAUAAGUCAACUGAUGCGACAGAAUCUGCGGCCUUGGUGCACAAGCUAGAAAGUAUUGACAUAUACUCUAACAGCUGGGGACCGGGUGAUAUGGCAUGGCAAAUUGAGGGUCCUGGACCACUGACCAGUGCAGCCUUAGAAAAAGGCAUUAAACAGGUAUUUUAUCAAGUGAUUGGAGCUUUUAUCAUUAAAUAAAGUCAUCCAGUUCAGCCCACAAGAUAUUUCAUCUUUUGUCCAUAAUCUUCCCAGCUUUAUCACAUUUUAGCUUUUGCCACCAUCUUUAUAGUUCUUGCCAUUUUUACUACAAUUACGCAUGCCACCAGUGUCUCUAACAGCACCAAACACCAUCAUUGUGACGAUUAGCUUCAUUGUCGUUGACAUUUUCAUUGAUAGAGCGGUCUGAGCGCGAUCGCUUUCGUUCAUCCCUUUUUGAAGGACGAACGAAGGCGCAUUAACUUGUCUUAGUUGGUUACCAUCUGUAAACACUUCCAAGUGGACAGCCCUAGCAUUUGGACCUACAUACAUACAUACAUACAUACAUACAUACAUACACCUUUAUUCAAAUUCUAUAUACAAAUAAAUUUAUAUAUAAAAAUUUGAAAAGGGGAGUUUGGAGGUUAGCCCUAUAUAACAACUCCCCUGAAAAAAAAAUAAAAAGUAACAAAUGUAGAGCUAUGUACAGAAAAAAAAAAAAAAAAAAAAAUGAAGAAGAAGAAAGGAACUAUCUAAUGUUUACAAUUUUAAAAAUAUUUUUAAUCUUAAUUUAAAAAGUUCCAGAGUCCCUGCCUCUACAACAUGCUUUGGUAAAUUGUUCCAAUCGCUAACUACCCUAAUAAAAAAAGAAUUUUUAAAACAAUUUAUCCUCGAAGAUUUGAAGUAAAGUUUAUAAGAAUGAUUAGCCCUUGUGGAACGCACUUAUGUAAAUUCGAAAAAUUCUUGAAAGUCUAAAUGGGAGAGGCCAAAAACAAUUUUGUAACAUUCCACAAGUGAAAAGUAGGUUCUCCGUGUGGAUAAAAGAGGCCAAUUUUUUUUUUUUUUUUUUUUUUUUUCUAAAUGACCUGGUGGUGCAUGUGUUUUUAUCCAAAGUUUUUGCCAAUAACAAUGGCUUGUUACACAUUGUAUACUUUCAAGUAAAUGAGUUUCUUCCUUGUAAAUAGUCAACGAUGUCGUAAUGGCUAAUAUAUAUGUAUAUAUAUAUCCUUUGUUUAAACCAAGGGUCGUAAUAAACGAGGUGCCAUCUACACGUUUGCUGCUGGAAAUGGCGGUUUUACAGGAGACAGCUGUGCAUACAAUGGUUAUGUGAAUAGUAUUUACACCAUCGCCAUCAACGGUGUCAAUAAAGAUGGAUCCCGUCCCAUCUACGCAGAAGAAUGUCCUGGAAUCAUGGCCACCACGUACAGCAAUGUCAAAGGCGGAGGAAUUGUAAGUGGAAUGGGUCAAUACGGUUUGUAACCCACAAAUAGAUGAAAGGAAAGAAAAACAGCGAAGGCGACGUUUCAAUGUCGUUAAGACUGUGAAACCUUUAAGCUAGAUCUUUUCCUUUAUUGCAAGUCUAUAGUAAGUUUCGUUUCUUUCUAUCCAUUUUCCUGUGUCUUUAUUGUUUGGAUUUUUGAAUAAGCGGAGUGAACACAAAUACUCGUGAGGUCGGUUACAUUCCGUUCAGCCGAGAAUAUGUACAAUGUCGUCAGACCCACUAAAUUAUUUUGGCCUAACGCGAAAUUUUCCAACUAAAGUUGUGACCCUAAGUGACUUAAUUUGAUAUUUAAGUCAAACGUUAUCCCCAAACUAAUAAUUUCGCUCAUUCUCUACAUCUCUCUGCCUGCUAAUGUAUGAAAAUUUCGUAUACCAUCUAGGUAACUGUUGAUAACGCAAACGGUUGUGUCAACGAUUUCGUAGCUUCGUCGGCGGCUACUGCCAUUGCAUCAGGACUGAUUGCACUGACCCUACAUGCAAAGUAAGAUUGUUAUGUCUUCGAGUUCAUAUUCAUGAGUAAAGUGAGGCGGGUUGCACAGAAUGAACGUACCCCUCUCGUAGUUAAAUAAAAACUUAGCUUGGGUUGUGGGGUGAAACACCGGUUUUAAGGGGGCAUGUGACCUCCUCUUUGUUAAGAAAACUAACCAAGACUCAUGAAGCCGCUUUUUGCUGGUAAGUCCUGCCGGCUUAAAGAGUAUGCAAUAAAAACCCGAAGCGCGAAAUCGAAGGUGAAAAACAACUUGUAGUUUACACAGGGGUAUGCACAUGCAUAUGUUCCUGGAGCUCAAGAUGUGUGAAUUAUUCUUGAUGCUGUUAAAGAAUCCCUCACUGACCAGUCUUUAUCGUUGUGGAGGGGAAGGUGGAGCGACCCUUCUAUGAGUGGGCGCUAAUCGAGGGGACUGAGACGAAUUCCACUCGUGUUCAUUCGAGGAAUUUCUGCUGAAGUUUAAGGUUAUUAAAAUCAAUCCGAAGAUACAAUUUCUUAAGUUUGUUACCUUUUCCAGCCCCAACUUAACGUGGCGUGACGUCCAACACAUCAUAGCCAACAGUGCAAGAGCAGCGCCCGGUGGAUUCUGGCUUCAACAAGGUCAUUGGCUGCAAAACAAAGCAGGGUUUCAUAUUAGCAAGGUUUAUGGCUUUGGGCUUAUGGACGCUGGCAAGAUGGUGAUGUUAGCAAGUAAAUGGAAGGAAAUACCGGUGCAGAUAAAAUGCGAGAUCGAAGGCAGUGACAAAGACGCGUAAGUGUCAAUUCUCUCUCUCUUUUUUUUCUUUUUUCUUUUUUUUUUAUUUUCCUUUUUCGGAAGCAGAAACUCGCAUUUUAACGUGUGCAGACCUUACUGGCUUCCUACGUCUUGUUUGAAUAAACAAGAAAUGUCUAUCUGAUCGGUGAACCAUUGAAAUCAAUUAUCUGAAAGGUAAGAUUUUUGAAAAAUAGUUCAAUGAUGCUAACCCGUGCAUUCGUUUCAGUGAGCAAUCAUCUCCGCAAAUCUCAUGAGUGAAAACACUCUCGCCCCUUUUAGUACCCCAUGUCAUUCUUAAAAACUGUUAACAGACGUUUGCCUAUAUGGCGGUUAUUAAAAUUUACAUUUAGCACCAUCUCAAAUUCUCCUUAAUUGGUGAUGGGCUAUUGAGCAACAAGACUUCCAUUUUAAUUAUUAGAGGAAGCAUUUUUACUGGCGGCGAUUAACCUAGUCUCUUUGCAAUUCUUCGUUUCAGAAACAUCCCAGGAACGGUUUUAAUAGAAGUGAAAGGUUGUGCAAUUAAAUUUCUGGAGCACGUGCAGAUCAGAGUCAAUCUUAAUUUCUCUCGCCGUGGCGACUUGUCCCUGCAGUUGAGAGCACCAAGCAACACAACAUCUCCAAUGACUCGAAAGCGGUUCGUAGACAACUUAACAGGAUUCAGAAACUUGACUGACUGGAUUAUUACAUCUCUUUUUCACUGGGGAGAAGACCCGAAUGGCAAAUGGGAGCUAAAAAUUGAUGAUUUUGACAAGCGAUAUCCAAGUUCAGGUGAUCUAUUGCUUACUUUAAGAGUUUUGAGUUAUUGUGUGUUUGUUGGUGGUUUUGUUUUUGUUUCUUAUUUUUCUCAAUCCUCAGAAAUACCAGAUCAAACUUCGUCUGUUAGUUGUACGGCAAAUGCUCUCUUUGAUUUGCUGCCUGGAAAUUUAAGCCGGCCUAAAUUACGUACUUUCAAGCUGAGCAUAUCUUUCUUCUUCGUGAUGGGGAGGUGGAAGGCUGAGCGUUUCUUUUGCUCAUUCACAUGUUUAUUUAAUUGAUUAAGCGAAAACUCAAUUCCACCAUUCCACGCUAGGGACCGUACAUUUCUAGCCUUUACUUAUGGUAGUUUGAUUAAGCAGAUCUUUCAUAUGCUCACAGAUUCAGCAAUCCAGCUUUUAUGGGGAUACUGUUUCCUAACUGCGGAAUUGUCAUUGUUUUGCGUUCGCUUGGUAAUGUUUCUGUGUUUAUUCUACAGGUCAGCUUCACAGCUGGUCCUUGAUAUUGUAUGGCACUUCUUCAGAUCCACUUACAUCAGAACUUAGGAGCGAAGUAGAUUCGACACGUGCUAUACCUCCUGAGAAACCCAAACUUUCAACACGGCCAAUGGAAACAGUCACCCCAACUGAAGAACGCUCGUCAACAGCCAAACCAACCAAAGGUAUCUCAACUUAAAAUUUGUCGCGCUAAGGAUAGAGAAAGAGAAAGAUAGAGCCAAACCAGAAUCUAAAAAAAGCCUGUUGCAAUCUAGGAGGCUUAAUGGUAACGUUGAUAAUGGCUGUAACCCUUUUUGUUGUUUUUAUUUGAUUUUCACAGCAUCAUGGAAGAAAAUUGUGAUACCCAUCGUUCUGGGUGUACCUGCGAUAUUAAUACCGUUUGCUGUGUAUUGUUACUGUCGAUUCUAUAAAAAAAAAGAUAACAACGCUGUAACCGUGCAGCAAGGAUCAGUGCAUCUUAAAGGGCCAAGGGGAGAUCAAAAAACUAAACCUUUGAGCUGCAACGUCUAAGUUAGAUCAGUGUCGAGGCUCCUCCCCAGUGCCGAAAUGGCUUAUACUUAGGCUACCGAGACUCCCAGUAGUUGGAACAUGCUGUUUUAGAGAAGUAAAACUGAAGUAAUGUAGUACAUAAAUUUACAUAGCUCAGCCUGAAACGUUUAUGGAAACUCGAUUCUUCAAAGUUGUAUUUGGUAAAUUGUGUUUGGAAUCACUGUGCAUAUCACAGUAGUUGUGACUAAGGAAUUUUGUUCAAAGUUGUAUUUGGUAAAUUGUGUUUGGAAUCACUAUGCAUAUCACAUUAGUUGUGACGAAGGAAUUUUUUGGCCUGAUGAGAAACGCUGUAACAAUGCUCCCUUUAAUUUAUUCCAAAUGGCCGCAGCGUUUUCUUGAAAAGCCCAUUACAUUUUAAGAACAUUAAAAGCACCACUUUGGAAGAAAUUGAUAGGGUGCCUAGAGGCAAAUAUACUGUUAAAACGUGAUUUCCUUAUUGGUUAACUUAAAGGUUG